AUGGCUUGCGGUCAACGUUCUGUGCCUCACGGCCCCGAGCUGGGUGCUCACGCUUUUCAAACGCCGGAGCAUGAAAAGGAGCAGGCUGAAACACCUGUCCACCACAAGAAGCAGCCCAUCCACGGCGGCAGUGGCAGAUGGGUUCCGCUGGGACUCAUCGCGCUUUCGGCACUGGGCUUCUCGAUCCAAGCUCUCUUAGUCAGGGAGCUGACCCUCUCUGGCCUGGAGACCUUCCAAAUCGUUGAGGUGAGAGGCUGCUGUCAAGCUCUUGGAUGUUGCAUGGUUCUUCUGCUGAAGGCCCGUCCAAUAUCCACUUGGAUAGGUGUUUCAGCACCGGAGAGGAAGGCUUUGCUUGCAAGAGCCGUGGUGGGUUAUGGUGGUGUGGCAUUCGGCUUCCUGGCGAUUUCACUUCUGCCGCUGGCAGACUCGCAGAUCGUGUCGCAGACAGCACCCAUCUUCGCAGCGGCAUUCGCUCGAGUCUUCCUCGGAGAAGCGUGGCAUGUCUCCGAGUUUUUCAGCGCAGUGACUGGUAUCAUAGGGGUCGUCUUCAUUUCGAAGCCAGACGCAUUGUUUGGUCGUGGGGCUCACGGCGAUGAUCAGCAUCUCCGACUGCUGGGCCUUCUAUUUGGUCUUCUCAGCGCUCUUUGUGGUGGAGGUGCUUAUGUCAUCAUCCGAUUCUUGGGUACUGUGAAGGUGGAUUGGACUGUCGUGCUCUUGGUGCAAGCCUUGGGGCAGAUGACAUUUUCGCCUGUUUGUCUUGUUGCUGCAGGGCAGCAUGUCAGGAUGGUCAGCAUGAAGCAGCUGCUGUUGGCACUCGUCAUUGGGGCGGUGGGCUUUGGCUCCCAAUGCGCCAUGACCAUCGGAAUGCAAAAGGAGAAAUCAGCUACCGCCUCCUUGGUUCGGCAGAGUCUCUGCCCGGUCUUCGCGCUCGUGUGGCAGGGCCUUUUCUUUCCAGAGGAGAGGCUGUCGUGGACGAGCUUUGCAGGCUUCUCCACCAUUCUGCUUGGCCUUUUUGUCACGGUGGUCUUCAAGGCAAUGAGGGAAAGCUCCGCCGUGCGCUAUGCGAAAGUGGCCGAGUCAGAGAUGAACCAGGAGGAUGGUACACCCUCGAAGCUGGAUCAUGGUGGUUGCUUGCCAUCGAUGGCACCUGAUGUUGGAAGUGACAUCUACGGAAAGAGGAGCUUCUUUGAUGAAGCGCCUGGCGUGCUUCGCGAGAACGAGAUGAUCGAGCUCCUGCAGAAGGAAGGUUUCAGCCGAAGGCAAGCCGAGCUCGCACUGGAGGAGGUGGCCUGGUCCAGCCCGAAGGCUGCCCUGGACAUUCUCUUGGACUGCAAGUACGGGGACCCGUCCCUGCACACGAGCGACACUGUCGAGCCUUCAAAUCCGGACGAGACGGGAUGA